AUUCUCCUGCUGAGGACGGAGCUUCCCAGGAAUUCGAAUCGCAGGUCCGUUGCGAGAGGGAGGACAUCGCAUCGAGCUCUCCUUUGUGCGCAUGGCGUCUCGAACCCUAACCAGCAAUCUGAUUUCUCUCCUAAAUCUCAACAAAUUUCUUCCAAACACGAAACAUCACUUUCAGAACAGUUCGUUCUUGCGGAGUUAUCUAGCAUCCUCCCAAUCGAUCUUAAACCCCCAAAACGUACCUCUUCUGCCCUAAAACCCGCACUGCAACCCCAGCUACCGAUUCCCAGCGAUUGCUUUCUCUUGCCCGAUGAGAAGCUGCGAGGAAUCUUCCUCCAGAAAUUUACAGGUAAAUUCGCUUUAGAGUCCGCCCUUUCAGAUUCCGGCAUCAAUUUGACGCCGGAAAUCUUUUCAAAUGUGCUGAACAAGGGCAACAUGAGCGGGUCGGCUAUGGUUUCUUUCUUCAAUUGGGCGAUGCGGCAUUCAGAUUUACCCAAGAACGCCGAAACCUAUAACGUGAUUCUCAAAGCACUCGGCAAAAGGAAAUUUCUCGAGUUCAUGGUAGAAAUCUCUCUCGGAAUGAAGAAGGAUGGGGUGAAACCUGAUUUAGAAACUGUAGAAAUCAUCAUCAACAGCUUUGUGAGAGCUCGCCAGGUUUCAAAAGCGGUUGAUUUUUUCAAAAAGGUAGAUGAGAUUGGCGCUGAUCGUGAUACUAAAACACUUAACAUUCUCCUGAAAUGUCUCUGUAGCAGGUCUCAUGUUAGAGUUGCUAGUUCAUUGUUGAACUCCAUGAAAGGGGAAAUACCGUUUAAUGAACAGACUUACAAUGAAAUCAUAGCUGGGUGGGCUAAAUUCGGUAAAGUAGAUAAAGUGGAGAAAUACUGGACGGCAAUGGCGGCUGAUAACUUUAAUCCUGAUUCUCAAACGUUCUCCCACCUUAUAGAGGCAUUAGGAAGAGCUGGGAGGAUAAGCGAUGCGGCUGAAACCUUUGAGAAGAUGGAGGAAAAGGGAUUCAUUCCAGAUACCUCUGCAUACAACGCCAUGAUUUCGAACUCCAUUUCUGUAGGAGAUAUAGAGGAAGCAGUUAACCACUACAAGAAAAUGUCUGACAGGAAAUGUUCUCCUGACAUUGAAACUUACAACAAACUGAUAAAAGCCUUUCUGAAAGCCAGGAGAGUGGCAGAUGCACUUGAACUGUUUGAUGAAAUGCUCAAACGAGAAACCAUCCCUAGUGCUGCAAUGAUUGCUUCCUUUAUUGCAACUCUCUGCAGCUUCGGGCCACCACAUGCCGCCAUGAUGAUCUAUAAAAGCGCCAUGAAAUCAGGGUGCAGAGUUUCUUUGAAGGCCUAUAAGCUCUUGUUUAUGAGGCUAUCAAGGUGUGGCAAAGGAGGGAUGUUGCUGAAGCUUUGGGAGGAAAUGCAGGAGAGUGGCUAUAGUUUGGAUGGUGAGGUUUAUGAUCAUAUUGUUAAUGGACUCUGCAAUGUAGGGCAGGUGGAGACUGCUGUACUUGUUAUAAAUGAAGCAUUAAGACAUGGGGUUUGUCCGGGGAGGAUUGUUUAUAGCAAACUUAAUAACAAGUUGUUGGCAAUGAAGAAAGUUGAGACUGCAUACAAGCUCUUUGUAAAGGUCAAAGAGGCACGGAACAGCGAUAACUUGCGGAGUUAUUGGCGUUCGAAGGGAUGGCAUUUUUAAGCUCGGGCUUCUUUGGGCAAGUUAGUGAUUAGGGUUGAAUGAUAUGUUGUUGA